UUCAAAUGGCAAUUGUUGAAGAAGGCUUCUCAAGUUAUUUAUUUGCACAUUGCGCUGAAGAAGCGUGCAAUUAUUGAAGAUUUUCAUGAGAAACAAGAGCAGGUAAAGGAAUGGCUACAAAACAUAGGAUUAGGAGAUAAUUCAACAGUUAUGCAUGAUGAGGACGAGCCUGAUGAUGGAGCUGUGCCAAUAAUAUACAAUGACGACACUUUUAGAAAGAGGUCAGUUCCAUCAAGAGCUGCUCUCUCGGUCAUUCGUCCAGCUAUUGGCAAGCAACAGGCUAUUUCAGACAAAGCAAAAGCUGCCAUGCAAGGUUACCUCGAUCAUUUUUUGGGGAAUUUGGACAUCAUUAAUUCUAGAGAGGUAUGUAAGUUCCUAGAGGUGUCCAAGUUAUCGUUUUCACAAGAGUAUGGUCCUUAUAAGCUGAAAGAAGGUUAUAUGAUGGUUAAGCACUUGGGAUUGUUUUCAAAGAUAACACAGAUAAAUAUAAAGAUAAGGGGAAGUAGCCACGCUAAAGUUGAAGACUGGGUUACUGAAAUUAAUGCCAAAAUCGGGUCAAAGCGUUGGGAGAGUUGGUGUCAUCCUCAUCGUUUUAAUUCAUUUGCACCUAUUAGAGGACUUUCUGAUGAUGGAAGCCAAGCUCAAUGGUUUAUAGAUGGGGAUGCGGCAUUUGAAGCUAUUGCUUCUUCGAUCGAAAAUGCCAAAUCAGAGAUAUACAUGACUGGGUGGUGGCUUUGCCCUGAAUUGUACUUAAGACGCCCAUUUCACGAUCAUAUUUCCUCGCGCCUUGAUUUUUUACUUGAGGCUAAAGCUAAGGAAGGGGUCCAGAUAUACAUUCUUCUUUACAAGGAAGUGUCUCUUGCUUUAAAAAUUAACAGCCUAUAUAGUAAGAAAAAGCUUAUGAACAUUCAUGAAAAUGUGAAAGUUUUGCGAUAUCCCGAUCAUUUAUCCAGUGGCAUCUACUUAUGGUCACACCAUGAAAAGCUUGUUAUUGUUGACCACAAGAUUUGCUUUAUUGGAGGGCUAGACUUAUGUUUUGGCCGUUAUGACACCGUCGAACACAAAAUCGGUGAUUGCCCUCCUUCUUUAUGGCCUGGAAAGGACUACUAUAAUCCCAGAGAAUCAGAACCAAAUUCAUGGGAAGAUACAAUGAAAGACGAAUUAGAUAGAGAGAAAUAUCCACGAAUGCCAUGGCACGAUGUACAUUGCGCUGUUUGGGGACCACCUUGCACCGAUAUUGCUAGACAUUUUGUUCAACGUUGGAACCAUGCAAAGAGAAGCAAAGCGCCAAACGAACAGAAAAUACCAUUGCUUAUGCCUCAGCAUCAUCACAUGGUUUUACCACAUUACUUGGGAAGAGGGAGAGAUGUAAUAGACAUUGAAAAAAACAUCUCCGAAUCAGACAAAAUCGGUCCCGAUGAUUAUUUUUCAACUCGGACAUCAAAUCCUGACAACGACAACAUCCCACUGCUUUUGCCUCAUGAAACAAAUAACGGUCCGCACUCUUGUUCCAUUACGGGAAAUAGUAAAGAUAGUACUCCAAAUACUCAAAGUGAUUCCGAUAUGCAAAAACAAGACCAAAAAUUCGAGAACAUAUCUGCAAAUGAUCAAGUAACACAAGCUGGUCCUCGUUGUUUAUGCCACUGCCAGGUUGUGAGAAGUGUUAGCCAAUGGUCUGCUGGAACGAGCCAAACUGAAGACAGCAUUCAUAGAGCUUAUUGUGCUCUCAUCGAGGAAGCAGAGUACUUCAUUUAUAUCGAGAAUCAAUUUUUCAUAUCGGGGCUUUCAGAAGAAGAAUUCAUACAAAAUCGUGUGCUUGAAUCUCUGUACAAGCGCAUAAUGCGUGCGCACACAGAGAAAAGGUGUUUCAGAGUCAUAAUUGUGAUCCCACUCUUACCUGGGUUUCAGGGUGGUGUGGAUGAUGGUGGUGCUGCUACUGUUAGAGCCAUAAUGCAUUGGCAAUACCGUACUAUUUCCAGAGGAGAAAGUUCAAUAUUGCAAAAACUUUGUUCAAAGUUGGGUCCUUUAACACACGAUUUCAUAUCUUUCUUUGGUUUAAGAACUUAUGGCAGACUUUUUGACGGCGGUCCUGUUGUUACAAGUCAGAUUUAUGUCCAUAGUAAAGUUAUGAUAGUCGAUGAUCGUUGUGCUUUGGUUGGAUCAUCCAACAUUAAUGAUCGCAGCUUGUUGGGAUCAAGAGACUCAGAGAUUGCAGUGUUGAUACAAGAUAAAGAAUUCAUUGAUUCAUCAAUGGAUGGGAAUCCAUGGAAGGCGGGAAGGUUUGCUUUUAAUCUUAGAGUUUCCUUGUGGGCCGAGCACCUUGGUCUAAAUGCUCAGCAGGUGGCUCAAAUAGAAGACCCUGUAGCUGAUACAACAUACAAGGGCCUCUGGUUAGAUGUUGCUAAGUUGAAUAAAAAGAUUUAUGAAGAUGUAUUCUCUUGCAUCCCCAAUGACACCAUUCAGUCUAGAUGGGCACUAAGACAAAGCAUGAGCCAUUGGAGAAUGAAACUCGGGCACACAACUAUUGACUUGGGAGUGGCUCCUGAAAAUCUGGAACUGUACGAGAAUGAUGAACUCAUAAUUACGGACCCGAUGGAGAAGCUAAAAUCAGUAAGAGGACAUCUUGUUUCUUUUCCAUUAGAUUUCAUGAGUCAAGAAGAUGAUCUAAGACCUAUGUUCAUUGAGGGUGAGUUUUAUGCAUCUCCUCAGGUGUUCCACUGACUAUACAAAUACAAAUAGGAAGUUUGUUGUAUCGUAAAGUCAGGAAAGGUGGAUAGUAAGCCGACCAUAUGUUGUCCAUAAAAAGACAUUGUUCAUCGU